CGCAGGGCGCGGAGUAGACGAUUCGCCGCGGACCGAGGAGCGGCGCGGAACGGCGUGGGGAACUCGGAUUCGGCCUGCGACACCCCCGCAUGCGCCGGCCGGCCCGGUAGCGGCGGCCCCAAUGCUGCUGCAGCCCGCGUGCGCCCCGAGUGUGUUUCCGCGGCCGUCCGCCGCCCCCAGCGCCAUGCACGGCUCACAGAAGGACACCACGUUCACCAAGAUCUUCGUGGGCGGCCUGCCCUACCACACCACCGACGCAUCGCUCAGAAAGUACUUCGAGGGCUUUGGAGACAUCGAGGAGGCCGUGGUCAUCACCGACCGCCAGACCGGCAAGUCCCGCGGCUACGGCUUCGGGAUUGUCGCUGCCCUUGAAGGCACUCAGAACUUGAACUCCGGAAGGAGCUGCAGUCCUGGAGGCAGAGAAGACAGUGCCCCAAGGGUGACCAUGGCAGAUCGGGCAGCAGCUGAUAGGGCUUGCAAAGACCCUAACCCUAUCAUCGAUGGCCGCAAGGCCAACGUGAACCUGGCCUACCUGGGUGCCAAGCCUAGGAGCCUGCAGACGGGCUUUGCCGUUGGUGUGCAGCAACUACACCCCACCUUGAUCCAGCGCACCUACGGGCUGACUCCCCACUACAUCUACCCACCAGCCAUUGUACAGCCCAGCGUGGUAAUCCCUGCCACCCCUGUCCCGUCACUGUCUUCGCCCUACCUUGAGUAUACACCAGCCAGCCCAGCCUACGCCCAGUACCCUCCAGCCACUUACGACCAGUACCCGUACGCCGCCUCGCCUGCCACGGCCACCAGCUUUGUGGGCUAUGGCUACCCUGCCGCCAUGCCCCCAGCCUUGUCUGCCGCGGCACCUGCAGGCACCACCUUCGUGCAGUACCAGGCACCUCAGCUACAGCCUGACAGGAUGCAGUGAGGCGCGUCCUGCACAGGGCCACAGCCACCACCUGCCAGCCUUGGGAGCCACCACCACAUGGGUCUCCUCAGGCCCCGGGGCCCACCUGCCCUGAAGGCACCAGCAAGCUUCUUCUGCAGCCCUGCCGAGCUUGAGGAAGGGCCUGAGAAGGAAGGUACACUCUGGGAGUUCUGCAGCCACUCCGUGCUAGGUGCCUUACUCUGGGACGCAUAAGACGUCCUCCCUCCUCUUUGGGAACUGUCCUCUUGGUGGAUCCGGGUUCCCGAAACCCCGCCCAGGUGCCCUCAGCCGAAGCACUGUGCCAUGUCCUGCUGGGAAUUUUCUGUGGUGCAGGCAAGACCAUCAGCACCGAGAGCCCCAAACCUAUUUUUACUUAGAGACUGGCUUUGGUCAGUAGCUCCCUGUGGAGACAGUUGACAGUAUUUCUCUGUGCCGGUGUCACUGAUGGAGCUGCCCCUCCCCCGCAGGGUUGCCCUCACAAACUGCAGCCCUGCAGGGGGCUGGGCUCCUGCCUGCUGAUGCUGCCCACCUCACCUGCAGAGGUGCCUGCCAGGGCGAGUUCUCAGGUGUCUGUUGCUGUGCCAUGGGGGCCUUCUUCCUGGCCCUGUGCCCCUCAGGCAGGCUCUGUGCCCACCCAGCCCCCCAUUGUCACCUGUACCAGUCUGGAGCAUGACCUAGCUGCACAGGGAGAAGGUCCAGCCCACACACGUCUGGGAGGGGAGGAGUGGGCAUCUCUGGCAGCAUGGGCUGCCCACAGGCUGGGCAGUGGGUCCCUCCACACCUACCUCAGGGAGCCAGUGUGUAGGCACUCCACAGCAUGCCUGUUAGUCAAGGCCUGGAGGACAGAGGGAGUAAUGUUAUAAUAAUAUUUUUAUUAGAAUGUUCUGAUUAUAAAAAAUAAAACUUGUUUUCUUUAAAGAAAAA